ACCGCCCACUUGGGGCUGGCCAGAGGCAGGCAGCCGGGGUGCAGAGUUGGGUACGUCUGGGCGAGCGCACGGCCAUGGCCCCGUGGCUGCAGCUCUGCUCCGUCUUCUUCACGGUCAACGCCUGCCUCAACGGCUCGCAGCUGGCCGUAGCGGCAGGCGGCUCCAGCAGAGCGCGGGGCGCCGACACCUGCGGCUGGAGGGGAGUGGGGCCGGCCAGCAGAAACAGCGGGCUGCACAACAUCACCUUCCGAUAUGACAAUUGUACCACUUACUUGAAUCCGGUGGGGAAGCACGUAAUUGCUGAUGCCCAGAACAUCACCAUCAGUCAGUACGCUUGCCACGACCAAGUGGCAGUCACCAUUCUUUGGUCCCCAGGGGCUCUCGGCAUCGAAUUCCUAAAAGGAUUUCGAGUAAUACUGGAGGAGCUGAAGUCGGAGGGAAGACGGUGCCAACAACUGAUUCUAAAGGACCCAAAGCAGCUCAACAGUAGCUUCAAAAGAACCGGAAUGGAAUCUCAACCUUUCCUGAAUAUGAAAUUUGAAACGGAUUACUUUGUGAAGAUCGUCCCUUUUCCAUCCAUUAAAAAUGAAAGCAAUUACCACCCUUUCUUCUUUAGAACCCGUGCCUGUGACCUGUUGCUGCAGCCGGACAACCUGGCCUGUAAGCCGUUCUGGAAGCCUCGGAACCUGAACAUCACUCAGCACGGUUUGGACAUGCAGGUGUCCUUUGAUCCCGCGCCACACACCUUUGGCUUCCGUUUCUUCUAUCUUCACUAUAAGCUCAAGCAUGAAGGGCCUUUCAGGAGAAAGACCUGUAAACAGGAGCAAAAUACAGAGACAACCAGCUGCCUCCUUCAAAACGUUUCUCCUGGGGAUUAUAUAAUUGAGCUGGUGGAUGACACUAAUACAACAAGGAAAGUGAUGCAUUAUGCCUUAAAGCCUGCACAUUCCCCAUGGGCUGGGCCCAUCAGGGCUAUUGCCAUCACUGUGCCGCUGGUUGUCAUCUCGGCAUUUGCGACCCUCUUCACCGUGAUGUGCCGCAAGAAACAACAAGAAAAUAUAUAUUCACAUUUAGAUGAAGAGAGUUCUGAGUCGUCCUCGUACACCACGGUGCUCCCCAGGGAGAGGCUCCGGCCACGGCCCAAGGUCUUCCUCUGCUAUUCCAGCAAAGAUGGCCAGAACCACAUGAACGUUGUCCGGUGUUUUGCCUACUUCCUCCAGGACUUCUGUGGCUGUGAGGUGGCUCUGGACCUGUGGGAGGACUUCAGCCUCUGCCGAGAAGGGCAGAGAGAAUGGGUCAUCCAGAAGAUCCACGAGUCCCAGUUCAUCAUCGUGGUGUGUUCCAAAGGCAUGAAGUACUUCGUGGACAAGAAGAACUAUAAGCACAAAGGCAGCGGCCGCGGCUCGGGAAAAGGGGAGCUCUUCCUGGUGGCGGUGGCGGCCAUCGCGGAGAAGCUCCGCCAGGCCAAGCAGAGCUCCUCUGCCCAGCUCAGCAAGUUCAUCGCUGUGUACUUCGAUUAUUCCUGCGAGGGCGAUGUUCCUGGCGUCCUGGACCUGAGCACUAAGUACAAGCUCAUGGACAACCUUCCCCAGCUCUGUUCCCACCUGCACUCCAGAGACCAUGGCUUCCUGGAGCCUGGGCAGUACCUGGGACAGGUGAGCAGAAGGAACUACUUUCGCAGCAAGUCAGGCCGGUCCCUUUACGUCGCCAUUUGCAACAUGCACCAGUUUAUCGACGAGGAGCCUGACUGGUUUGAGAAGCAGUUUGUCCCCCUCCGGCCUCCCCCACUCCACUCCCGAGAGCCAGUGCUGGAGAAGUUUGACUCGGGCUUGGUGUUAAAUGAGGUCAUGUGCAAACCAGAGCCCGAUGGCGAUUUCUGCCUCAAGGCGGAGGCUGCGGUCCCCGAGGCACUGGCCAACUCACCCUCGGAGGGCCUGCAGUUGGGCCUGGACCAAGACGCAGAGGCUGGGCCCGGGCCAGGAGGUGGCUCGGUCCUGCGGCCCCUGCUGCAUGCCGGGAAAGCCUCCAGCCCCUCGGACAUGCCUCGGGACUCGGGCAUCUACGACUCAUCAGUGCCCUCCUCGGAGCUGUCCCUGCCCCUAAUGGAAGGACUCUCGGCAGAUCAGACAGAAACAUCUUCGCUGACAGAGAGCGUGUCGUCCUCCUCCGGCCUGGGUGAGGAGGACCCUCCUACCUUCCCUUCCAAGCUCCUUGCCUCCGGGGCGUGCAAAGCAGACCCUGGUUGCUGCAGCUACACUGGUGAACUCCACGCGGUCGCCCCUUUGUAACGAAAUGGAAGUAGAGUCUAAGCAUUGCCACUUUAGCUGCCGCCUCUCUCUGGUCCCCCAGCUCUUCUCUCUGGUUGCGCAGUCCACUUGGAGCUGAGGUCUCCGACAAGGAUAUUUGGAGUGAAAUUCGGGCCAGUACUUGCUCUCCAUGCCCCAUCCCUCUACCUGGUAUCUUGGCCAAGUCUCCAGUUUUCUCAAACCAUAUGGGUAUCUCUGAAAGGCAUAUCCAUAAGGCCCGAGAGCAGCUUGUCCCGUUAGGUCAGACCUUGGAUUAGAGUCGGUUCUGGGAGGUAGGGAGGAAACAGGCAUGGAGAUGCAGGAACAUACCUGCACUGAUCACUCAGAUUUUGUUUCUCUCUGCAAACUUUGCCUGUUUACCGUUGGCUACUUUGAACUGAAAUGCUGUGUGGGAGAAGCACUCUUAGUACCAUUCUAGCCACAGAAAUCAAGUGCCAGUCUUUCUGGGAUCCAUGUUGUUACAGAUGAUGGUUUUAGUGUAGAAUUUGCAGUGCUGUGGGUGUCCAAAAGAGCUCCGAGUCAAAGGUCAAAAAGGUAACUGAGUCUACUAUCCGCUUUCCUAAAAUGAGUCUUUAUGUAUUAGUGGGGGCAUGGCUGGCUGAGGUGGGGGCUGUGGGGUCAGGCUGAACAUGCCAUCAGUAUUUCCUGACCUGGGUUGGUCAUUGUGCAGAAAGCAUCAAAACUCAGGGCACAGGAACACCUGUUGGUGUGAGGAGGCAUCAUGAGGGGGCCAGAUCUGCCUGCCAGGUUUCCCUGGGUUCUGUUCGCUGUGCAGUAUCUCAGACGUUGCUGCCUGGAAGUUUAUUUUUAAAAGACAAAUAUCCAACUGGGCUGUCUUACUGGAAGCUGGAGUUCAUGCUUCAGUGGACUUCUGUUCUAAAGCUGUGUCUGGAAUAUUAGGGAUCAGGAUCGACUGAAAUAUGGCUGUGCAUACAGAUGGCGGCCACUUACUUUGCCGAGCCGGUUUUGACUAAUGAGAAGUCUCAUUUUAAGGGGGUGCGAAGAAGGGAACGGUCACGAAGAUGAGUGUGCUCUUCUAAUAGCAUCUGAAGAAGACAGGAGACCUGAAAUCAUUGAAUUCUUGAAUCUUAAAGUACUCCCCACCUCCCCACUCCCCUCAACAACCCAGCCUGUGAAUCAUGUUUCACUGUGUGUUUCUGUUCUACUUACCAGACGAAAGAUUUGUCUUUGUGCUCUCUUCUACCAAAAGAGCUAUUUAGAGCUUAGGGGGAAAGAAUUUGCUUUAAAAAGGAAAAGUAAAUGUUCUGUUUCUAUGAAUGAUGUUUCUACAGAAUUUCUGUUUCCAAAAGAGAAAACAGGUGUUCAAAUCCUGUUUGUGUAUUAGGUAUGUGGGUCAUGAUGACUUGGUCUUCCAGGUGGAAACCCCUGUCCCCUUGAGGGGUUGUAAGCAUAUUUCUCCACCUUUUUUGUGGGUGCUGUUGGAUUUGGGCACCCUGCUUUUACUCAGCACUCACACAGGGGAUCCUGGGUUUCACUCCUUUAGCAGAUAGGAUCAAUAUUACGGGAGAUACUGAGGAACAGCUCAAGGAGGGGUAGGAGGUGGAAUGGGGCAUGACUUUUCCAUCCAAGCACAUGCUUGGCAGAUGGGGAAGGGAAGGUUUGCAGCCUUGCUGGAAAGAAGAGGUUUGUGUGUAUUUUUGAUGCAAAUGCCACACUGCAUGUUCUGGAAAGGCAGCUGACGGCUUCUUGGGAGAAGAACAUGCUUGUCUGUCUCCGGCAUCAGGUUUCCUGCAGCUGCUCUGAAGGGGAGACAAGUGAGCUGCAGAACUGUCUCCCCCAUAAAAUCAGGCAUCUUGUUGGAGAAGAGAUGUUCCAUGUCACUGUGGAAUCUGGGACAUGUGCAGAGCUCAUGCCCACACGUGACUGUCCUGCCAUUCUGCCGUUGGGAUAAGUUCUGCAAGGGAACUUGCGAACAUGAAAAUUCACUUUGGAACAUUAUCAGAGAGACUGAGGCCAAGAAAUGGUGCAUGCUCCAAAGGAACCAUGAGGAGCUACUUUUGGGAUAUUCAGCUUUGCACAUAAAAUGAGGCAUCUCUGAGAAAGCAAUCCCCAGAGCAGCACAGAGGACUGGGGGUGGGGGGGAACAUCAAUGGAGCUCCAUGAGCAUGGGCAGAGAGAUGGCUAAAUGAACUUACUUCUUUUGAAGAUGCAAGAGGAAAAACUGUGCUAGACCAAAAAUCAGGUAAAGUUUUAGUUUGGAUUUAGGGUUUGGAUACCUAUUUUUAAGAACUAAUGUUUCUUAUGUUUCAACACAAUUAAAUUCUAACAUACCAAGUAGCAAAACCAUAGUAUGAAUGCCUAAGUCAGACUAAGUUGAGAUGUCCCAACUUCGUGGUUUUGCCUUAUUAGUUUCUCCUCCUCCUCCUC